AUGGCUUUGAAUAGUAUUUUGAUCAUUCCUACGAUAUUACUCAACGCUAUUGCAAUAAUAACAAUAUUGAAAUUUUCCCAACUGAACAGCAAGCCUUGUUAUUUUAUCAUUCUUGUUCAAUCCGUGAUUGACUUGGCAGUUGGUGUUUUUGGCUUUCCUCUAUUUCUCGUCUUUCUGGCGAGCGGAAUAGGAAAAUUUUCAAACUGCAUUGUAGCAACUUUAGCAUUCCAAACAACAACAAUUCCAGUCGGAAUAUCCACUAUCACAUUAUCUGCUAUGACAUUGGAAAGAUAUAUUGCCAUCUUACAUCCCUAUGCUUACAGUGCUAAAGUGACAAAGAAGAGGCUAUUGAUAUAUGUAGGCUCCGGUGCUGUGAUGUUAUUUUCUCUCUUCUUUCCAUCUCUUGUAAUUCAAAAACUGAUUGCAGUGUAUGGAACAAUAAGCAUAACGCUUGUUUUCUUCUUCACUGUAUUUGCUUACACAAGAAUAUACUUGGUCGCAAGGAAGUUGGCUCGUUCGCAAAACCAACUACAUGAUGCUGCCGGAAAAGAAAACAUAACAAGAAAGAAGUUGUUUUUUCGAGAAAUUAAACUAGCAAAAUCUUGUUUUAUUGUUGUCGUAUGUUUCUGUAUUCUUUGUUUCCUACCAACAGCGUUUCUAGUUACCUUUUACAAAUAUCUCGACAAAUUUGAAUAUCUCGUAUUUCUAAUCUGGAUUGGUACUCUUAGUCUGUUAAACUCCAGUGUUAACUCGCUGAUAUUCUUUUGGACCAAGACGAUGUUGAGAAAACAAGCGGUUAAGAUGAUAAACAGCAUGUCAGCAUAA